UAAUACUAUUGGCCAUGAUGUCUUGGUUUUCGAAAGCUAUAGCCUGGAUUAUCUGUUUGCUGGCAAUAAUUACAAACGCAACACUUAGCACUCAAUUGUGGCUGUUAUAUGAAUUUUCUCCAAUAAUUGAUGAAGAUGAAGAAAACAAUAAGAUAAUAGAAUUUGAAGAAAUGAUGAAAAAAGACUACCAAAUCAUUUUGAACUUAUUAGAAGAAUUCCGGGCUAAUAAUUUUAUCAUUAUUUGCUUAGCAAUUUUGACAAGUUUAAUAACAAUAUCUUUAAUAACAUUAACAUUAAUUUUGAGGAAGCAUCUAAGUCAACUUAAAUUACUAUUUGACGAAUCAGUAAUGUGCAUAAAACAAUUAUCAGGAAUUGGUGUAGUCCCAAAUAUUGCACUACUCAGUAUGAUUCUGCUUAUUUUACUGUCGGGCUUUACCCUGCUGUGUAUUACGACAGCCAAAUAUCCUAUGCUUGUACCGACAAUGGAAAAAUUUUAUAUAGACGAUAUUGAUCCAAUGCAGAAUCUUAGAUUAUUUUACCACAUUGAGUAUGUUGAUUCGAAAAUAAUCCGAAAUACUUUAUGGAUUUACAUUAUUGGAUUUUUAUGGACAGUCGAAUUUAUAAUUGCUUUUGAAGAAUUUUGUAUUGGUGCUGGUGUUGCAUUUUGGUAUUUCAAGCCUUCUGUUUAUAAACCAUCUCAACAUGCUUUUGAAGUUUUACUGAAAUACCACUUGGGAACUAUUGCUAAAAGUUCUGCAGUCAGCACUUUGUUUAAAGUACCAAGGUUGCUUCUAAUUUCUAUGUCCAAAAUAAUUAGGAAAAGAGUCAAUCAGUUAUGGUUUCAGCGUUUUCAACGUUUUGAGGAACGAAUUGGUAUUUGGAAUCAUAAUGCCUUUGUUCCGUCUGGAAUGGAAACAAUUGACUUCCAUUCGGCUGGAAAAGUUGCUUGGAAAAUAGCUGCCAAGAAUGCUGAACAAGUUGAAAAGAUCAAUAACAUUUUUGAUAUUAUUUUGUUCCUGAGUAAAUUCUUCGUAGCAACCCUAACGUGCUUGGUUGGUAUUAUAAUUCUGAAGAACAAAAGAGAUUAUUUGAUAUUGAAAGACAAAGACGAAUUUUUUUUUUACAUGGCACCUGUACUAUUUGGAACAUUUUGUGCUUAUUGUAUCGCAAAUAUUGUGUUUUCAAUUAUUCAGAUGACAGUUGAUGUACUUUUAUUAUGUGCUUGUGAGGACCAUUUGAUAUAUGGUGGACUGCGGUGUUCGAUGAUAAAAUGUAAUCUUGGAAAAUUAUUUAAGAACAACGAGGAAAAUGAUAUUCAUGUUAUUAAAAUAAAUAAAAUUCAAAAACAACCGUUCCAGAAAUAA